GUAUAUCCGUUUGCAGCAGAUUAAAACCCUACCAUUACAUAUACCUAUCAUACAUAUAAACACAUACACUACACAUUGGUGACUUGAUGCUGAUGAGAUAAACCAAAAAGGGGCUCCUGAGGUUUCCAUUUUAACCGUAGUUUUCUUAAUUGCUUAUUACUGAGAGAAAAUAGCAAAGAAAAUCCCCAGAUUCAGAGACUCUGUGAAAAUGGAGGAGGGAGUGAAAGGAGAUGACGAAGUGCAGGGGUCAAGCUUGACCAUGGAGAAAGUGGCUGCUGCGAAGCAAUUCAUAGAGAAUCACUACAAAACCCAGAUGAAGAACAUUCAAGAACGCAAAGAGAGGCGAUGGAUCUUAGAGAGGAAGCUGGCUUCUUCGGAUGUGCCUAAAGAGGAACAAAUUAAUCUUAUCAAGGAUCUAGAGAGAAAGGAAACCGAGUUUAUGCGACUUAAAAGGAACAAGAUAUGCGUUGAUGAUUUUGAGCUUUUAACAAUCAUUGGAAGAGGAGCCUUUGGCGAGGUACGACUAUGUCGGGAGAAAAAAUCUGGCAGUAUUUAUGCAAUGAAAAAACUAAAGAAAUCGGAAAUGCUUGUUAGAGGACAGGUGGAACAUGUUAGGGCUGAGAGAAACUUGCUUGCAGAAGUGGCCAGCCACUGCAUAGUGAAAUUAUAUUACUCGUUCCAAGACACGGAGUAUUUGUACCUCAUUAUGGAAUACCUACCUGGUGGGGACAUGAUGACUUUGCUAAUGAGAGAAGACACACUGAAAGAGAAUGUUGCUAAGUUUUACAUAGCUCAAAGUGUCCUGGCUAUAGACUCCAUUCACAAACAUAACUACAUUCACAGAGAUAUAAAACCUGACAACCUUCUUCUCGACAAAAAUGGUCACAUGAAGCUUUCAGACUUUGGUCUCUGUAAGCCUCUUGAUUGUAGAACAUUAUCUACAUUGAAUGAAAAUGAAACCAUGGUUGAUGAGAAUAUAAGAGAACCAAUGGACAUUGAUGGCUUCCCUGAUGCUGAGAGUGGACAUAGAUGGAAAAGCGCCCAUGAACAGCUUCAGCAUUGGCAGAUGAACAGGAGAAAACUGGCAUUUUCAACCGUGGGCACACCGGACUAUAUUGCUCCUGAAGUAUUGUUGAAGAAAGGAUAUGGAAUGGAGUGUGACUGGUGGUCGUUAGGUGCUAUAAUGUAUGAGAUGCUCGUUGGAUACCCCCCAUUUUACUCGGACGAUCCAAUAACCACAUGCAGGAAGAUUGUUCAUUGGAGGAAUCAUCUUAGAUUCCCAGAAGAUACAAUGUUGUCACCAGAAGCGAAGGAUCUCAUCUGCAGGUUACUAUGUGACGUUGAACAUAGGUUGGGUACAUGUGGACCUGACCAAAUAAAGUCUCACCCAUGGUUCAACGGCAUUGUGUGGGAUGAACUAUACGAAAUGGAAGCAGCUUUUAAACCUGAAGUCAAUGGGGAGCUCGACACCCAGAAUUUUAUGAAGUUCGAUGAGUUGAAUCCUCCAUCUUCAGGAAGAACAGGUUCAGGAACCUCGCGGAAGCAGCAGUUGACUCCCAAGGACUUAAACUUUGUGGGCUAUACAUAUAAGAACUUUGAUGCCGUAAAGGCAUUGCGUGAUAAUCCUGAUCUCUUGCGGAGUGCAUCUAGUGAUAACUUAUAUGGUGAAUUGAAGAUGGAUGAUUAUACAAGAAAGCCGAGAGGAGGCAAUGGAAGCGACAUAGAAAUGUUGACAGCAGGUGGUGAUGCUGCUGCUGCUGCUGCUGCAAUGUUGCCAUAAUUAUGGGAUUGGAGGCAUAACUUGUUUGUAUUAUAUGAUCAUGCAUCAUGUGAGGCAGCCCCUUUUCCAUAAACUCAUUAUACAAUCCAAACCUUAACAAGAUUUAUGGAUUGAUUGGUUGAUGUAUAAGAUUAUGCAAGUGUACAGUAGUUGCCCAGGUUGGCAAGUCAAAAACUUGCCUUCUCUUGUGGUAGUUUAUUUCUAGAUAUGUUUGUUUGUGUGUUGUAUCUGUACUGUUAAACCUGUCUUAUUGCUUUUCUUGAUCCCAAUAGUUGCAUCUGCAUGACAAUGGAAAUUGCAAAUUCUGA